CUGUGGGCGACAUACUGUAGGAAGCCGCUUCUUCUAGGUUUUCCUGCUCGAUCGAGUAAUAAUGACCAAACUUCACCGUGUUUACAGACAGACUACAGUUGAUGUAAAUUUCAUCCCACAGACCAGCAGAACCUACACCAGAACAUCUCCUGUCGGUUUCGUCUGUCUCGUCGCCUCAGUCUUGUGCUGCUUUCCAGUUUCAGGAGAUGUUGCACCCAAGAGAAUAGUUGCUUAUGUGAACCAAACAAUCAGCCUGCCCUGCCGAACCAACCGCAAAAGCGAGCUCCUCACAGUGGAGUGGUCCAAGGAGGGGAUCACUCCGAACAUCACCCUCCUGUACCGCCACGGCUCCGAGACUGUGGAGGAGAAGAAUCCUGCCUUCCUCAACCGGACCAGGCUCACAGUGAAUGGAGGGGAGGAUGGCAACAUCUCUCAGACCAUUUUCAAGCUGCAGCGGUCUGAUGAGGGCCGGUACCAGUGCAGGACCAGGGUGGGGAAGCAGCUGCAGGUUGAAGCAACGCUGGACCUCUUGGUGGGUGCUGUGUCUGAGCCAGAGCUCACAUUUGUUCCUCAUAGCGCCAAUGGAGGAGUGACUCUGGAGUGCAGAGCCGAGGGCUGGUACCCAGCGCCUGAGAUAACGCUUCAUGAUGAGGAAGGAAAUGAGAUGGAAGACGAAGAGCCGCGAAUUUCUCAGGAUUCAGCCGGAUACUUUACUGUUACAAGGAGAGGAUCACUGCAGGCUGCCACUAACAGAGUGACGUGCAGUGUUCACCAGCCGCUGCUGAAUCAGAGAAGAAAUAAAGAAAUGUACAUUCCAGAUAACUGUAUGGCAUCCUGCAAAUACAGCAUCAUAUCCAGCGUCCUGGUGACCAUGGUUGCUCCUGCAUUAUGUUGGCUCGCGGUAUUCUUAUGGAAGAAAUAUGGAUGUUCUUUUCAAUGUAAGGAAUCACCUCGACCAAAACAGGAGGUCAAUCCCAGUACAGUACACUGGAAUCAGCCAGGACAUGUCAGGUACACUGAGCUACAACAAGAAAACAACAUGCUGGGGUUACACAUUUCUGAAAAAGAUGAGAUGAUCUCCAAGCUAAAGGCAGAAAUAGAGGAACAUAAAUCCAAAUACAGUAGUACUCAACAGCAGGACCAACCUACUAUUGACCCCAGAUCCUCACUUAAUGGCUCUCAACAAGUUAACCAACCCCUUGAUUACAGUAGCACACCACCAGCAGCCACAGGGACCAGCCACAAUCCAAAAUCUGACAAGUUAUCCAAGACGAAAGGCUCGAAAUCGGCUGUUUCCAAACAACAUCUGACCCCUGUUCCUCUGAAAAAGGACAAAAGCACCCCUGCUCCUUUUACAAACAACGGUGUUGCCUCCUCCAGUUCUUCUUCAGCUUCCACUUCGAAGGAAAAGAAUAUUCUCCGCUCUUCAAGUUUUUCUGGUCAUCGUCCCGGUAAUGUCAAGUCUCCACGGAGGCAUACCAUGUCUAACAACCCCUUCAGUGUACUGGCAGAGCUGCAAGAAGAGUCAGAGUAUCUGAUCUCUGAGAAGAUCAACCAAAAACAUUAGAAUGGAAUACUUAGGCAAACAGAUUUCUGAGAAAUGACUUAAUGUUUGCGAUAACAGAAUGCUUGGCACAGAUUUAGCACGACAACAUAUGGUUAUUGGAUACAUAACAGGUCACCAUGUAAAAAUGUGGCAGACAAUUUCAAAAGUGGGGUUGUCUGGUGAGAAUUUAGGCAGUCAGUAUCUUCACCUGCAGUAGAUCACUCACUGGAUUUCUUCACUCUGAAUGACGAUAACGAAUAAUACGACAUAAAUCUGGUUUGUACUCGGCCCCACUCUGAAUAGCUGUUAGCACAACUUUAAGAGCCAAGCUUGGUAACACUGUGAACUGCUUCAAAAGAAAAUCUGAAAACGCAGUGUCUCGUUAAGCUGUGAUCAGAACAAGGGAGAACUUUUAUUCAGUCUAAAGCCACAGCUGUGUCCUCCUCAGGAAUCCUUUCUCUUGCUUGUGGUCUACAGUUGUUCUCAACAACUAAUUCCUGGCAUCUUGAAGUAGGAAAACAUCUCUGUUUUUGUCAAACUACAACCAGUUUUGGUACAGAAAUGUUUUAGUAGCAAAUAGUAUUUUCUUGCAGUAGUGGUAAAUAAGUGGUGCCAACGUUAUUCUGCUGUGGCAGUAACAGCUUUUAAAAAAUGUGCUAAAUCUCAUAACCUACUAUGAUUUUGUGGAAAUAUUUUUCCUGUGAAAUGUAUACUUAAGAAGUUUUUUUAUACUGCUGGUGCUGGGAGUUUCAGAGUAUGGGUGAGUCUAAAUGUUACAUCUCUGUGGUCCCUUUAUUGUUUCAGUAUUCUGGUUUUUAACAAUUUUCAUAUAUGUUUUUCUGAAAUCUUUUAUUGUAAAUGUUUUAUGGAAAAAGUUCACUAAAAUGAAAUGUUUGACGCAGCAAACAAAUUAAAACACAUUUAUAUGAAUGUAAUACUUUGUAUUAACUAUUAUUCACUACUUUCUUUUCUUUCUCAGUGUAUAUAUUUACCGUUUCUCUUUCAUGAAAAACAAUAGAUGCACCCCACUGUCUACAAGGAGCUCAACGUUUUGGAUUUUUGUCUAAGUGCACCAUUAUACUCUAUUGAGUGCCCAAAAUGACAAUAAAAUAAAUAAAUGUGUCAAAAAUGA